CCUGCAAUCGAAAAUAACGGCGCGAAUUGGCAUCGGCGUCGCUUGUCCUAAAUAUUAAAAUCAAAAUAUCCAAUUGAAGAGGCCAGGAGUUACGAAAAUAUAUUUAAAAUCUAAGGACCACACCCACUUAACGUCAUGGAAUCCCGUUUGCCAAAGCCCAUGUUGACAGCAAAGCGGCCAGUUCUGCCGCCGGUAAAAACUGUGCUACCCACGGAUCGCAUACGAGCUGGAGGAGGACCAGGAGCAGCUAGCGGCACCAGUGGCAACCAGACCUACUGCGGAAACUUGCUGCCGCCUCUAACCCGCGACCUCAACAAUCUUCCCCAAGUGCUGCAACAACGAGGAGCACGAGCUGCUUCACCGGAACCCGCCAAAAUGAUCAAUAGGGCUAAACUGCGACGCAGUCGCUCCGCUUGCGACAUCAACGAAAUGCGCCAGAACAUCAAGCGCGCAGCCGCACCGCCCACAUUGCCCACCAUACCAUCCAAAGUAUCACGUCUGGCCAGUAGUGGCUUUACCGCCCCCAGCCAGCGAUUGGGACGCCCGGCGGUUGCCUCCACAACAACGUCUGGCGCCGCUGGGACAGUUGCUAAGCGGACACUUCCGGCACGGCCUGCUCCUCGAGCUGGUGGUACUGCACCAGCUGCUGCAGCUGCCGCUGCCAAGACCAAACCGAAAGCCGUAGGAGCAGGCUCUGGUACAGCAAAAACUAGCGGAGCUGGGGCAGGAGGUGCAGGUGGUGCUGCGCCGAAGCGCAUAGCACCGUACGACUUCAAGGCUCGCUUCCACGAUCUUCUCGACAAGCACAAGGUCCUCAAAACCAAAUACGAGAAGCAAAUAGAGGACAUGGGUGAGCUGGAAUCAUUACCCUCGCAGCUAGAGGAGACGCAGAACAAGCUAAUUGAGACCGAAUCCACGCUGAAGAACGUGCAGACGGAUAACGAGUGUCUCCAGAGGCAGGUGAAGCAGCACACAAAGAAUAUUGAGACAAUUACCACAACACUGGGAAGAACCAAGGAGGAGCUCUCCGAACUGCAGGCAAUACAUGAGAAAAUUAAAGUUGAGCAUGCUGCUCUUAGUAAGGAGGUGGUGCAUCUGCGGCAACUCACCGACGAACUCCAGCGCAGCAAUGACCAGCAGGCGGCAGAGCUGGAGAUCUGCAAGGAGCAGCUCUUCGCAUCGAACAUGGAGCGUAAGGAGCUGCACAACACGGUGAUGGAUCUGCGUGGAAAUAUUCGCGUCUUUUGCAGAAUUCGACCACCGUUGGACUGCGAGGAGAACCGGAUGUGCUGCACAUGGACCUACCAUGAUGAGGCUACCGUUGAGCUGCAGAGCAUUGAUGCCCAGGCGAAAAACAAAAUGGGCCAGCAAAUCUUCUCGUUCGACCAGGUCUUUCAUCCCAAAUCCUCGCAAACAGACAUUUUCGAGAUGGUGUCGCCGCUGAUUCAAUCAGCCCUUGAUGGCUACAACAUAUGCAUCUUCGCGUACGGUCAGACAGGCAGCGGCAAGACGUACACAAUGGACGGAGUGGAAGAUAGCGUUGGCGUAAUCCCGCGCACCGUCGAUCUGCUCUUCGACUCCAUCCGGGGCUAUCGCAAUUUGGGAUGGGAGUACGAGAUCAAGGCCACCUUCUUGGAAAUAUACAACGAGGUGCUAUACGACCUGUUGAGCAACGAGCAAAAGGACAUGGAGAUUCGCAUGGCCAAGAACAAUAAGAACGAUAUCUAUGUGUCCAAUAUUACGGAGGAAACUGUCACUGAUCCUAAUCACUUGCGGCAACUGAUGUACACGGCCAAGAUGAACCGAGCCACCGCCUCCACGGCUGGCAACGAGCGCUCCUCGCGUUCUCAUGCCGUUACGAAGCUGGCGCUAAUCGGCAGACAUGCGGAUAAGCAGGAAAUGUCGGUGGGAUCUAUCAAUCUGGUGGAUUUGGCCGGUUCGGAGUCACCGAAGACCAGCACACGGAUGACCGAGACCAAGAAUAUUAAUCGUUCACUCUCCGAGCUGACCAACGUGAUCCUGGCGCUGUUGCAGAAGCAGGAUCACAUUCCCUACCGGAACUCCAAGCUGACCCAUCUCCUGAUGCCCUCGCUGGGUGGCAACUCCAAGACCCUUAUGUUCAUCAAUGUCUCGCCGUUCCAGGACUGUUUUCAAGAGUCUGUCAAAUCGCUGCGGUUCGCCGCUUCGGUCAACUCCUGCAAGAUGGCCAAGGCGAAGCGAAAUCGCUACCUGAACAACUCGGCGGCGGUCAACAACAGCACCAGCAUAAACAGCAGCAUCAAUAGCCAGAGCGGAAGUUUCGAUAAAUCAUAAUACUACAUUAAGUUUCGUU